AUGGGCCGCGCUUCAUCGCCUUGGUCGUCGACCUCGCCCGAGCAAGGCAGACAACGACCGUCACGGCCAGAAAUGAUCCAGGUAUCCUGGUCCCAAACCGCUCCAUCGGAAACGACACCGAAUGGGAGCAGCCCGACACCCCGGCAGAGACAACAGGCUUCUUCCGAGUAUAGCACCGUCCACGGCCAAAGCGGCAAUGAACCGGGCGGCAAUGCCCGACUCCGUCGGGCCAUCAGGACCAUGAACGCUGCCUUUGACUGGGCCGGCCCCGACGACCCGGACAACCCGCGAAACUUCCCGCUCUCCGUUCGUCUCUUCAGCGCAGUCGCCAUCACCGGGCUCGCUUUCGUAGCAACGGCUGCCGGGGCCAUGUACGCCCCAGCUCAGCCCGACAUCAUGGCCAGGUUUGCCUGCAGUCGCGAAUCAGCCGUCCUUCCGCUGUCCAUGUACAACCUUGGCCUAGCCUUCGGGCCACUGAUUGGCGCCCCCCUGUCCGAGACGUACGGCCGAAAAGCCGUCUUCCUCAUUUCCGGCCCUAUUUUCGCAGCCUUCAUGAUAGCGUCUGGCUUUAGCACAACGCUCAGCAGCCUUACCGCUUGCCGGUUCUUUGCGGGCAUGUUCUCGUCUUCUCUCAUCAACAACGCUCCGGCGACUAUACUGGAUUCCAUGUCCGGAAAGCUGCGAGGCAUCAGCCUGAGCAUAUACUAUACGUUGCCUUCCUUUGGAGCCGCCCUAGGUCCGCUCAUAGGAGGCUUCAUCGUGCAAGCUGGCGGGUGGCGGUGGACGCAGUGGACCGCCGUCUUCAUGGCAGUUGGCUUUUAUAUCCCCGUCUGCUUCACGCGCGAGACGUACAAGAAGGUUAUUCUGCGGCGACGUGCCAUUCGCCUGGGCCUGGACGCUUCGUCCCAGAGGACAUCCCCUGGUCGUGCGUUUCGGUACUUUGCCACGGUUCUGGUUCAGCGACCGCUGCACAUGUUGUUCACGGAACCGAUUGUUACGCUCAUCAGUUUGUACAACGGCUUCUUGUACGGGCUGCUGUACACCUUUGUCAUUGCAGUGCCCUGGAUCUUUCGAGAGUACUAUGGCUUCAGCCAGACUGCCCAAUCAUUGUCGUACUCGGGCCUCAUUAUUGGGGCACUGGCAGCCUCGACGCCUCUUGUCCUGAUUGACUUGCAGUAUUAUCAGAAGCGGCUCGCGCAAUGGAGAAACACUCACCCCCCGGAUGAAGACGGCGCAGAAGAACCUCUGCCGUCGGAACACCGACUUGUGGGUGCCAUGAUUGGCAGCUUCACACUGCCCAUCAGUCUCUUUAUUUCCGCGUGGGCAGCUCAGUUCCGCGCACAUUGGAUAGUGCCCAUCAUUUUCCAGGGCUGCGUCAUGUUCAGCUCCCUUCUCAUCUACGCCAGUGCCACCAUGUUUAUGAUGGACGCAUAUGGCCCCUUGUACGCCGCGUCGGCUUCAGGGGCAAUGAUGCUGAGUCGCUAUCUGCUCAGCGCCGCAUUUCCCCUGUUUGCCUUGCAAAUGUACCGUGCCCUUGGUGUCGGAUGGGCAACCAGCAUACUCGGAUUCAUCACAGUUGCCAUGGCGCCGAUUCCGUGGUGCUUCUGGAUAUACGGAGCGAGAAUAAGGGAACGCAGUAGAUACGAAACCAGCACAUAG